UAGGCCAGCAGACCGGUCAGAGUUUCUACUUGAAGCUUUGAAACUGGGAUUUGCCUAGCGUUUAUUUUGUGGCUGAGAUUUCCAUUGAGAACCAAAGUUCUUCCUCAGCCGAGCGGUGUGGACGCUGCCCUCUGGGCUGACAGAAGGCAGCACGUCCGGGUAGCGUGGCGAGCGAGCCCGCGGCUGAGGUGCUGAGGCCUGGCGGAGGACGCGUCAUGCUGGGCCGCAGCUUGGGCUGGGGGCUCAGCCGCCUCCGGCUGGGCGCCGCUCUCCGGGCUCCCCGGGCCGGGCUGAGCGGCUCUGGUGGGGCCAAGCGGCCUGGAUCAGCGUCUGAAGUCCCUACCCCGGGCCCAGCGCUCCCGGCUCUGAAGGAGUGGACGCUGCGGGUGAGCCCGUUCGGGCGGCUGCGGGCGCGGCUCCCGUGCCACCUGGUCGUGAGGCCGCUGGACCCGCUGGCCUUCCCCGACGGCGACCGCGUGCGGGUGGCGGUGUGCGGCGAGGGGCGCGGGCGAAGGGGCCUUGACCGCCUGCGGGUGGAGUACGACCGGGAUCUGCAGGAGAUGGCCGUCCUGUCCGACAACAUCGACCCCAGAGCUCUGGUGGAGGUGGACGCGCCGCUAAAGUUUGAUUUGAAUGUUAAGGCAUCAGGAUCUGGCUGUAUAAAAGUGCAAAAUAUUGAGUGUGAUAAUUGCAAAAUUGAAACUGAGCAAGGGACCAGCAUUUUACAGUCUGUUAAGAGUCAAAACUUGCAUGUUCAAACAAAAGGAGGCAAUGUGAUCUGUCUGGGAACAGUUUAUGGGAAUAUAGAUAUUCAUGCAUCAGACAAAAGCACUGUGACCGUAGAUAAACUGCAGGGAAGUUGUGUUAAUAUAUCUACUGAAGAUGGUUUGCUGAAAGCUGAGUAUCUUUAUACAGAAUCUUCAUUUCUGUCUUCUGCUGCUGGGGAUAUUACAUUAGGAAGUGUUCAUGGUAAUAUCAUAUUACAAAGCAAGAUGGGUAAUAUCACAGUAGAUUCAUCCUCUGGAUGUCUCAGAGCCUCAACUCACCAGGGUGCCAUCGAUGUUUAUGUCAGCCAGUUGGGGGAAGUGGAACUGAAAUCACAGGAAGGCUCUGUUAUCGUCAAGGUCCCAUCUUCUCUACAAGCUUAUUUAAAGUUAUCAGGAAAAGAAGUUGUUAUAAACCCAGAAGUUCAUGUUGAGGAAAUGACUGAAGAUCACAAAGAUGGUGGUGUAACAAUUACUGGACUAAUGAACCAAGCAAGCAAACAUGAAAGAUGGAUAAAUGCUGCUGCCCCCAAAAGCACUGUAAAUUUUAGACAUCAAAGCUGGUUUCAGUCCCUGAACCUGCAAGAGUAAGAAUGGCUUCCAUUGUAUUGAUGAUUUUAACAGUGACUUGUCGAUCUGUGACUAUAAAAAUGUUUAUUUCAGCGUUCAUGUAAAUGUUAAAACAACAGCUUUGAGAAUCAAUACUGGUGAAUUAUUUCUGGGGGCUUUUUUCAAGAUGUGUACUUAACUAUUAUAUUCAUUUUGCAUUGAUCUGUUAUAAGUUACAGAAGUCCCCAAGAUAUGUCUGAAGACCUCCAGUGGAUGCCUAAAACCACAGACAGUAUCAGCUCCUCUAUACACAAAUUUAAUGCCUUUCCAUCUUUUCUAAAUUUAUUUUAUUUUUUUAAUAUUUCAUUUAUUAUUUUUUAUGUGUAUGCGUGUAUUGCUUGUAUGUAGGUAUGUGCACCCAUGUCAUGCAAUGCCCAUGGCAGACAGGGGAGG